AUGUCGGAGGACUACGCGAUCGACGGCCCCACGACGACCGAGACGGCGUCCCGACCUGCGUCACCCGCACCACGUCGCACGUCCCGCUCCGCCUCGUCCCAACCGGCGAGGGGCAUCCUCAAGAACUCCAACUCGAAUUCGGCCGGCGGCGCGGCGACGUCGAACGGCAACGCGCUCGUGUGGGACGAGGGCAACUUGGCCUUGAACGAACUACAAAAGGACUCGACGAUGAAGGUCAGUGUGCUCAUCGCUCCUGCACGCUGUCCCCUUGUUGCGCCUCCGCACAACCUGGCCGAUGACGAUGACGAUGACGAUGACGAUGUCGACCCGCGGCGGCGAUGGGGGCGACCCCCACGAAGACGUUCCCCAGUUGGGCUCCACGGGAACAACACAGCGCUGACACCGCGCCCGGCGCACGCAUUCCCCCCCCCCCCCCCCCCCCCGCAGAUCUCGGAACCCAAAACACCUUACGUUCGAUACGAUGCCGAAACCGAUACCGUCAUGGACCUCGACAGUCAGUAA